AUGUCGUCUGGAUUUGUGUACGACUACAUGGCGCACUACCGUGCGAUUACGGCAAAGUUGAAGAAGAAGUUCUUGAGGCGGCCAAACACAGCCGAGGUGCGCGACAGCUACAAGGACCUGUGCGUCCAGCUGACCAAGGAAUGCAACCACCCAUACGCAGCCUUUGUGUGCCUGGCGCAGGCGCGGUGCGAGGAGGCGCUGGAAAACAAGCUUGGCGAAGCAGAGACGCUGACGCGCGCAGGCCAGUACUUCUUCAAGAGCGAAGCGGACAAGGCCAUGACCUCGCGAGACUCGUUCGAGGAGGAUCUGAUGGACGCGCUGUACUGCUUCGACGCGGCAAUCGACAUGUAUCUCCGGGAGGGCAAGAAGGCGCUAGCGGCCGCGCUGUGUGUGGAAACGUCCCGCUCGCUGGCGCUGCUGGGAAAGGAGGAGGAGUCCAUCCCUUACGCGCUGAAGGCCGCGGAUCUGGAGUCUGAGAGCCCGCUGGCGGCGAUAGCUGCGCUCACCCGCGCGUCGCAGUACCAGAUCAACCUGCUUCGGUUCGAGGCUGCGCUGGACUCGCUCUUCCGCGUGGUGGACGUGGUGCUGGCGACGUGCCACGUGCGCAACGACGACAGGACGUGCUCCACGGUGCCGGUGGACUGUUUCCUGCGCGCUGCGCGCGUGUGUCCGUCUGGCGUGUACCGCGCUACCAUUGCGGACGCGGAGGUGCAGUGCCUGCUGCUGUUCUACCUGAUCCACCCAGACCAGCGUGGUCGCUUUGCCGCCUUGCAGCUGCUGGCCCAGCGCUACGGGAGCGUGGAGCACUGCCCGCAUGUGGCACAUCUUGGGCAGACGCUUGUAUUUCUGCUGCGCACGCUCGUGAUGCUGCUGGAGUCGAAUGGCGACCCGCAGGCGCUUGUGGAUCUGCAGGGCGAGCUGUGGCCACUGCUCUCCGCAACACAGAACCAACUUCUCCACCACAUUCUGCGACUGUUGAUUGUGUCUGCGCUUGUUGCAUGCGCCUCUGCUGCGCUGUGCGACAAGCCAGAGGUCUCUUCCACCUACGCUGCCACAGGCGUGGACACCCAGUACAAACAGACCUCUUUCCUCGCACAGUUUACGGUUUCUUGCGACGGCGAAAAGUUCCAGGACGAACUUGUGGCUCAGAUUGGGAAUGAAUUCUACCCCGUUUCCUCUGACGACGAGGGCAACUACCAGGUGAGCUGGUAUGUGCCACACCGUGUUGCCGUCUCUGGUGGCGAGACCGUCAAGAUCUUCGACCAGGACAGCAUCUCCCGCGCUCAGAAGGCGCUUCGUGAGGGCGGCAGCACCGACGGCCUGGAGGCAUUCACCGUCUCCAGCUCGUUCUCGUCGCCCAUUGAUGUGCAGCUCCCGAUUGCGCCCCAGUUCCUUGCCAUGGCCGCCUUUGGUUACGCGGCUGUUGUCCUCUUCAUGAAGACCAGGAACGUGCAAUGAGCCCAACACACACACACACCGCCGCCAUUGACACUGACGCUGCCCUGUGUGUGCUCGCACUGCUCUGUUUGUGUGAGCCUGCUUGUUUUUCGUGCCGUUGUUGUGUUGUUGCAUUCACAGUGCGUGCAUGCGUUUGUGGGUGUGCGUGCGUGCGUGCGUGCGUGCCGAUUCAAACAGUACACCUGUCGCUUCUCUC